AUGGUGCACAUACCUGCUCGACAUGGAGACGAGACCUCUGAAAGUCGCCGUGAUGCGCCAAGCAAGGAGCACCGGUCUUCUUGGGAUUCUCGACACAGCACCGGCAGCCGUCGAGCUGGACAAGCUCUCAAGGGCUCCUUCAGUCACCUCUUAGACACAUCCCGCGUUCAAGUCGACCGCAACCUGAGACGAGCAAGAAUAUGGCGGGGGAAACUUGACGAGGCCAGCGGCCAUUUCUAUCGGAAAUGGAUCCUCGAAGGUCUUCUCCGUCAGAAACCUCUUCCCCCAAGUAAAGAUGGGAGACAUAUAGCAUUGUAUCCGGGCGCGGUCCGAAACGAGGCGCUGAUAGACGAGCGAAGCGGAAAGCACUACAUCUCUAACUCGAUUCGCUCUAAUCGAUAUACACUCAUUUCCUUCCUACCGAAGCAAUUGGUCUUCCAGUUCGGACGGCUUGCGAACUUUUAUUUCCUAGUGAUCGGUAUCCUUCAACAAGUUCCUGGUUGGAGUCCAACUGGGAGUUUUACAACCCUUGGCCCUUUGAUUGCGUUUGUCGCAUUAAUCAUGGCCAAAGAAGGUUGGGACGAUUAUCGAAGGUAUCUGUUAGACCGGGAAGACAACCUAGCGCUUGCAUCGGUGCUUGACUCCGGUCGGACAUUGGGCGAAGGAUCUACCGCGAAGACUACUGGACGCUUUGGCGGGAGACUGAGGGAGAAACGGCCGGUACAGGACGGAGAGGCAGCGGAGGAAGUACCAAUGUCGGAAACUGGCAGUGAUAAAUACUGGGCGCAGAUUAAGUGGCGAGAUAUCAGAGUAGGCGACAUCAUCCGGCUAGGCAGGAAUGAAAGGGUACCCGCCGACAUCGCCCUUCUUCAUGCGAAUGGCGUCAAUUCGACCGCAUAUAUCGAUACUAUGGCACUCGAUGGUGAGACGAACUUGAAAAGCAAGCAGCCUUCUCCACUAGUUGCAAGUCGAUGCGACACGAUGUCGAAACUGGGGGAUCUCACAGGCGAGGUUGUAUGUGAAGAUCCUAACGCUGACCUCUACAACUUUGAGGGCAGUAUCACGAUUGGGGGUGAAACUAUGCCUUUAACUAUCAAUGAGGUAGUCUUUCGGGGCUCUACAAUACGAAACACUACCGAGACGAUCGGCGUCGUCAUCAAUACGGGUGAAGAAUGCAAGAUUCGUAUGAAUGCAAAUCAGGAUGUUCGCGCAAAAUCGCCGAAAAUAAACAGGUUCACCAAUCGUAUUGUGAUUGGGCUUGUGUUUAUUUUGCUCUCCAUAACAGCGGGAAUUAGCGGUGGUUAUCGCCUCUGGCAACGUCGAUAUGAGUCGAAGACUGAUUACUUACUCGAAUCCGUAGAUUCUGCUGCUCUCGUCGUCGGAACAAUUAUUCUUAUAAACGGACUUAUUCCACUGUCCUUAUAUAUCGUUAUCGAAUUUGUUAAGGUUUUUCAAGCCUAUUUCCUCAACGAUAUCGAAAUGUAUGAUCCAGAAACAGACACGCCCAUCUCCAUCAACACCAAUACCAUCCUUGAAGACUUAGGCCAGGUUAAUUACAUCUUCUCUGAUAAGACUGGGACAUUGACCGAAAAUAAGAUGCAACUUCGGAGGCUUGCGGUGGGAGGAACGAGCUGGCUGCAUGCUAUGGACAUGAGUGCAAAAGAUCAGGCUUCUCAGAAUGAGAUUUCAAAGGAUCCGAAGAUUACGGAUAUUUCCAGCGUUGAAACCGCCAUUUCUGAGGCGGAGAACUCGAAAUCCGAGUCUGUAGGAGUCCUAGCUUCAGGUGCAAGUGCAAGAACCGAAGCAAUGCUAGACUAUAUCUACCGUUUUCCAGACACAGCGUUCUCAAAGCAAGCCCGACAAUUUCUACUGUGUAUUGCUUUGUGUCACACCUGCCUUCCCGAAACCUCUGAAGACGGCAAGAUCACAUUUCAAGCUGCUUCUCCCGACGAGGUUGCCCUUUUACUGGCUGCUCAGCAAAUGGGCUAUUUGCUAGUUGACCGCCCUUCGCAGUCAAUCAAGCUCACAGUUACCACGCAGUCAGGAGAAUCUAAUACUGAAACCUACAGUGUUCUGAAAGUCAUUGAGUUUAGCAGUAACCGAAAACGCAUGACCAUCGUCGUACGUAUGCCGGAUGGUCGUAUCUGUGUGAUUUGCAAGGGCGCCGACAAUGUUAUCAUGAAUCGUCUCAGACUGUCUGAGCUCGCUACAAGAACAGCGGGUGAAGUCAGUCGUAAGGCCCGCGAGCGCCACAGUAUAGAGGCCGAAAAGGCUAUGAGGCGAAAAAGCAUUGCUUCGCCCCGAGACAGCGUCGGACGACGCCCAAGCUACUUCCGGUCGCGCACUUCGCGAACCUCGAAGGACCUCAGAAGACUAAGCAGGACUAGCAGGCAAGAAGAACCUGAAGCGCACUCACUAUAUAGUGAAGCAAUGGACCACUUCGAUGACGAAGGUGACGAUAGCAAUGACGGUGUUAUCGAUGAGUCCAUUGCCAGCGACGAAGCGAAGGUCUUCGAAAGGUGUUUCAAGCACAUCGACGAAUUUGCUACAGAAGGUCUACGAGUCUUGCUCUACGGCUACAGGUACAUUAGCGACGAAGAGUUCGAGGAGUGGAACACCGCCUUCAAGGCAGCGACAACGAGUCUUGUUAAUAGACAGGAGAACAUUGAAGAAGCUGCAGAAGCCAUCGAGAAAGAUUUUGAACUUGCUGGCGCUAGCGCUAUCGAGGACAAGCUCCAGGUUGGGGUCCCCGAGACCAUUGACAAGCUGCGACGAGCCAACAUCAAGAUAUGGAUGUUGACCGGCGACAAACGCGAGACGGCGAUCAACAUCGCUCGCUCGGCGAAUCUGGCUAAAUCGUACUCUGAGAUGUUUAUGCUGGACGCGAUUGCCGCCGACCCGAAGCAGACUAUGCAGAGGUAUCUGCUCGAUGUGGAGCGAGGCGGUAUCUCGCAUUCAGUCCUUGUUAUUGAUGGCCACACUCUUAGUAUCGUGGAAAAGGACAAAACCUUGGAGGCCAUGUUCUUCGACCUCGCUGUCCUCAUCGAUUCUGUCAUAUGCUGCCGCGCUUCCCCCAGCCAGAAAGCGACGCUCGUUAGAGGAAUCCGGGUGACGAAUAGAUCCUGCGUCACCUUGGCGAUUGGAGACGGCGCGAAUGAUAUCGCUAUGAUUCAGGCGGCCCAUGUAGGUAUUGGUAUAUCAGGUCGUGAGGGCCUUCAGGCUGCCAGAGCUGCAGAUUAUGCUAUUGCACAGUUCCGAUUUCUUCAGCGACUUUUGCUUGUCCAUGGUCAUUGGUUAUAUCUGAGGACGAGCAAAUACAUCCUCUGCACAUUUUGGAAAGAAUGGGUCUUCUACAUCAUCCAGGCCCAGUACCAAGGAUUCACAGGCUACAGCGGCACAUCACUCUAUCAAUCCUGGAGUCUCACAGCCUACAACGCCGCGUUUACGUCUCUACCCAUAUUCUUCCUCGGGCUCUGCGAGCAGGACCUGUCCCCGGAAACCCUCCUCGCCGUCCCUGAGCUGUACUCUUUCGGCCAACGGGACGAAGGCAUCAAUCUGAAGAAAUGCAUCGCGUGGCUGGUCACGGGCACGGUCGAUACUGUCGUCAUAUUCCUGAUCGUGCUGUUCGAGUUCAAGUUCAACCUCACCGGAUCACCCUCUAACCACCAGUCUCACGACAACUCGCUCUUCCCGAUAAGUUCCCUCGCCCUAACCAUUGUCAUCGUCCUCAUUAAUGUUAGGAUCUUGAUCUUCGAGAUGCAUAACAAAACGUGGAUCCCCCUAUUAGCCUGCGCGUUAUCAAUCUCGCUCUGGUUCUUCUUCAGUCUCAUCAUCGACGCCGUCCCGCAGCGCUACUCACGCGGCUCCGAGUACCACAUCUUCCAUGCCUUCACGCGCCAGUUCGGCAACACGCUGUCGUGGUGGAGCGUUGCCAUUAUUGGUAUCCUGAUCGUGCUCGGGACGAAUCUGGGUACCACGGCGCUCCAGCGUGUAUUUUUCCCUACGGAUAGGAAUCUGUGGCAGGAGAUUGAAAAGCGGGGUGAUGUUGAUGAGGUUUUGGUGGAGUAUGGGCUUGAAGAGGGUCGGUUGGAGGGUCAGAGUGUCGCUGGGGAUGGGGAGGGGAUGCAUAGGAGAAGCGGGGAUGGGACUUCUGUUGCGGCGAGGAAAUCGCGCGAUAGGUGA